UGCCAUUAGUACUGACCAUGACCCUUCACACCAAAACCUCUGGAGUUACCCUGCUGCACCAGAUUCAAGGCACUGAACUGGAGACACUGAGCAGACCUCAGCUGAAGAUUCCCCUGGACAGAUCGCUCAGCGACAUGUAUGUGGAAACCAACAAGACAGGAGUUUUUAACUACCCAGAAGGAGCCACCUAUGAUUUUGGUACCACGGCUCCUGUCUACAGCUCUACGACGCUCAGUUAUGCUUCUACUUCUGAAUCUUUUGGGUCCAGCAGCCUGGCAGGAUUUCACUCACUGAACAGUGUCCCGCCAAGCCCAGUGGUGUUCUUGCAAACGGCACCCCAGCUCUCACCGUUCAUCCAUCAUCACAGCCAGCAGGUACCCUAUUACCUUGAAAAUGAUCAGGGCAGCUUUGGGAUGAGGGAAGCUGCUCCUCCAGCCUUCUACAGACCAAGCUCCGAUAACAGGCGCCACAGCAUCCGGGAGAGGAUGUCCAGCACCAACGAGAAAGGGAGCCUGUCCAUGGAAUCCACCAAGGAAACGCGGUACUGCGCCGUCUGCAAUGACUACGCCUCAGGGUACCACUACGGGGUCUGGUCCUGCGAGGGCUGCAAAGCCUUUUUCAAAAGGAGUAUUCAAGGGCACAAUGACUACAUGUGUCCUGCUACUAACCAGUGCACCAUUGACAAGAACAGAAGGAAGAGUUGCCAGGCGUGCCGACUGAGAAAAUGCUACGAAGUGGGAAUGAUGAAAGGUGGAAUCCGGAAAGACCGCAGAGGUGGGCGAGUGAUGAAACAAAAACGCCAAAGAGAGGAGCAGGAUUCCAGGAAUGGGGAGGCUUCCUCAACAGAGCUGCGAGCUCCCACCCUUUGGACAAGUCCACUGGUGGUUAAGCAUAACAAGAAGAACAGCCCAGCCCUCUCCCUGACGGCAGAACAGAUGGUCAGUGCCUUGCUGGAAGCUGAGCCACCCAUAGUUUAUUCUGAAUAUGACCCAAACAGACCAUUCAAUGAAGCCUCUAUGAUGACCCUGUUGACCAACCUUGCAGACAGAGAAUUAGUGCACAUGAUCAACUGGGCAAAGAGAGUUCCAGGAUUUGUGGAUUUAACACUCCAUGAUCAGGUCCAUCUACUGGAAUGUGCCUGGUUAGAGAUCCUGAUGAUCGGCUUAGUCUGGCGCUCCAUGGAACACCCAGGAAAGCUUUUGUUUGCACCUAACCUGUUAUUGGACAGGAAUCAAGGGAAAUGUGUAGAGGGAAUGGUGGAAAUCUUUGACAUGCUGCUGGCUACUGCUGCUCGGUUCCGCAUGAUGAACCUUCAAGGGGAGGAAUUCGUGUGCCUUAAGUCCAUCAUCCUGCUCAAUUCUGGUGUGUACACUUUUCUUUCCAGCACCUUGAAAUCUCUGGAAGAGAAAGAUUAUAUUCACCGUGUCCUGGACAAAAUCACAGACACUCUGAUACACUUGAUGGCUAAGUCAGGUCUUUCUCUGCAGCAGCAACACAGACGACUGGCUCAGCUCCUCCUCAUCCUCUCUCACAUCAGACACAUGAGCAACAAAGGAAUGGAGCACCUGUACAAUAUGAAGUGUAAGAAUGUAGUUCCACUCUACGAUCUCCUGCUGGAGAUGCUGGAUGCUCACCGACUGCACGCCCCAGCAGCCAGGAGUGCUGCAUCCAUGGAAGAGGAGAACCGAAGCCAGCUGACAACUGCAUCAGCUUCAUCUCAUUCCUUGCAGUCUUUUUAUGUAAAUAGCAAAGAAGAGGAGACUAUGCAGAAUACAAUAUAA